GGAACUCGUUUGCAAGACUCAAUUAUCAUUAUUGUUUCAACGACCAUCUUGCUUGACGCUCUUCAACCACCUUCACCAUCUUUCACUUGCUUAUUGCGACUCCAGGAGGUUGCUAUCCAUGUCGACAAGCAGCCAGUCCGCCUCUAGAGCCCGGACUCGCUCUCCAACGCCCUACAUCCCUGCUCAGCCAGAUCACUUCUAUGGCAACGAGACUGUUCAGCUCCCUCCGUCUCCCAACUCCGAUGGACGGGAUUGGCUUGAUCCCGCGGACUAUCCCACCGCCCAGCAAGGCAUUCCCGUCUUCCGACCGACAAUGGACGAGUUUCAGGACUUUGAGGGUUAUAUGACCAGGGUAGAGCCGUGGGGUAUGCGUAGCGGUAUUGUGAAGAUCAUCCCUCCCAAGGAAUGGACCGAACGCCUGCCCUCGAUCGUUCCACAACUGCACAAUGUCGCGCUAAAGAAUCCUAUCGAGCAGCACAUGAUCGGUCAGGGUGGGCGAUUUCACCAGCAGAACAUUGAGAAGCGGCGGACGCUGAGCGUGCGGGAAUGGGCGGAGUUGUGCGCGCACGAGGAAUUGCGUGCGCCAGGCGUGAACGAUGUCGGCGUACGUGCUCGCGCGACCAACGGAGCUGCAAAGCGGACGAGGAGAACGAGAAAGGCUGCAGGCACAGGUCCAGGUGCGAAUAACGAUGCGGAUGCGAGGAUGUCGGAGACUGCUGAACCUGAGCAAGUCAAGCGCGAGCAGGAAGACGAGUCGAUUCCUCUCGAGCCCGAACGUCCUGCCCAUGCUCUUGUCUCGCCGCCUAACAGCAACCGUACUCUGUCCCCAUCCGAGCACGACGAUGCCGUUGUCGAAUCGCUCGUCGCAGUACAGCCAGGUCCAGGUUCGUCCAUCUCCUCGAAGACGAGGCAUCCAUUGGCUGAGGAGGAAGAGGAAGAAGAGGAUGGGGACGGUACUGGUGAUGCCGGCAAGCGGAGAGAGGAGGACGAGGAGGCGGAAGACGUCGAGGAGUUGAAGCCCAAGAGAGGAAGAGGAAGAGGCAAAGGUAGACGAGCGCCGCAGACGCGCGAGGUCAGGAAGGCCGAGCAGGCAGCCCGUGCCGACAAGGACCGUGAAUUCCUCGACUCCUUCGAUCCCCGUACGGCAUGGCUUCCUUCCAACACGGAUGCAGCCAGCUAUACGACCGACUUCUGCAAGGAGCUUGAGAGAAUGUAUUGGCGAAACUGUGGAUGGGGCAAGGCUCCAUGGUACGGUGCUGACAUGCAGGGUUCCUUGUUCACCGACGAGACAACAGCCUGGAAUGUCGCACAUUUGCCUUCCGCUCUCACCCGUCUCCUUCCGGCGUCGUCGAAAGGUCUCCCUGGUGUCAACACACCGUACCUGUACUUCGGCAUGUGGCGGGCGACAUUUGCUUGGCACGUCGAGGACAUGGACCUGUUCAGCAUCAACUACAUCCAUUUCGGGGCGCCGAAGUUCUGGUAUGCGAUGCCUCAGGCUCGCGCGAAUGCUCUUGAGCAAACAAUGAGAGGCUUGUUCCCCGGCGCAGACAAGAACUGCAGCCAGUUCCUACGGCAUAAGUCGUAUCUUGCUUCCCCCAACGAGCUCGCCAAGACAUUCUGUCGCCCGAAUUACCUCGUUCAGCAUGCGGGGGAGUUCGUCAUCACCUUCCCCCGUGGGUACCAUGCUGGAUUCAACCUAGGCUUCAAUUGCGCGGAGAGCGUCAACUUUGCACUCGAAAGCUGGAUCGAUCUCGGUAGAAAGGCCAAGGCCUGCGGUUGCGUCAACUUCAGCGUCCGUAUAGACGUUGACAGACUCCUGCAAGACCGAGCAGCAGAGAACAUCCAAGUCUAUCGCAAUGGCAAGGCGAUGUCUAGCAAAUCUGAACUGGAGAUCGAACCAGCCUUCGACAAGACCGCGAAUGAGACGAAGCACGCAAAAAUCAAAGCAUCUCGCAAACGUAAGGCGGAUGGCGACGCCGCCCUUGCUAAGACGAAGAUACGGAAGAUCAAUUCCACCUCUGUGACUGCUUCACAGCCCAUUGCCUCGUCGUCCACACAGUCUGCGAUGCCAUCCAUCAAACAUAUCCGGCGCGUCAUGCUGAAGGUCGGCCCACCUCCUCCACCCAAGGACCAAGAGUUCCCUUGCUGCCUCUGUGCGUCGAGCAACAAGCAUGGCUUGCUCCGCGUCCACGAUCCGCCGGCCUGGUGGUAUAGUGCGGAUAAUGCGGACGCCAAACUCGGUCCCUGCAUGGCCCAUGAGGAGUGUGCCGUGGUCGUACCGGAGACGUGGGUCGACGAAAUUGAGCGCAAUGUUCCGUCAAAUGAGACUGGACAAGGAACGGAGAGGGUAGUCUUCGGAGUAGACGCCGUCACUAAGGACCGCUGGAAUCUAAAAUGCACUGCAUGCACGAAGCUGAAGAAUCGAGCGCACGGCGCAAAGAUUCAGUGCACCAGUGCCAAAUGCCCCAAAGCGUUCCACGUUUCUUGCGCUCGAGAUGGACACGCCAACGGAAUUGUGUACGAGGUGCUCAGGGAAGUCGAGAAGGAAGUCAUCCUGCUAGACAAUCAACCGCCCAUACGACAGCCUACCCCGCCUCCGCCGCCUCCUGGACCUGGCGUUCUCGUAUUGCAUCCUGGCCACGCUUCCGUUGUUCCGCAGCCUUCUCAUACUCCUGCCGGAGACCAGCCGAUGCAAGUCGACCCUCACGUACCCUUUCACGAUGGAGGGAAAGAAGACGGCCCGUCAGCUCAAAGAGAAGAGACACCGUCCCCACAGGUGCUCAAGACCAUCCGGAAGAUGGAGGUGGAGCUGCUCUGCCACCAGCACAACCCAGCCACCCUCUUGAAGAAAAAGGAGGCGAAUGAGAAACGCAUUCGUGACCGGGUCAUGAGUCUCGCCGAAGGCAGCUUGAUCAAGCUGCGCAUCACGAAUGGGAUUUUCGAGGUGCAGCUGCUGCGGGUCAUCGAGGACAGGAGGGUCGUGGAAGUGCUCUGGGACGCAGACAAGGACAUCAAGAGGGAGUUCAGUUGGAAGAGCGUACUAGUCGGAGGAAACACCGACAACAUCGUUGCACAAAAGCCGAGCGAUCUCUCUCCGAAACCAAGUCCUGCACCUUCAGUAAUCAGACCGACCCCUAGUACAUCCAGAGCCACCUCCACCCAUCGACCUCUGUCCGCAGCACCUGUUGCGUCGACGUCUUCCUCGCAUGCUUCCCCUCCAGUGGCGCCUUCUACAUCACAACAACCUCCUGCGCCCGUUUACAACUAUCCCCCACAGCCGCGAACGGCGACAUAUCCUUAUGGACCUGGUCACUGGUCGUACCCUUACGCUGCUAUACAUCCUUCAUACACAUCUGCGUCUGGUCAAUCAUCAUCAUACGGCUCGUCUGCAUAUUCGCACUAUAACCCAUACACACACGCAAAUAGUACGGUUCGCCCGCCCUACCCACAAUACGCCCACUAUCCCGGCUAUAACGGGUACGCUCCUCCUCCAACAGCCGGCAGGCAGUACCCUCCACAACCUCUGCCUGCGCGAACCGAUGCUCAGCAGAAGGGGCUUAGUUGGCAAAGACCGUACACAGGUCCGAAGGAGUCCGCCCCCAGGCCUCCUCCGCUGACGGUACCCGCGGUGCCACAGUACCAGACAACUCUGUAUGCGCCAAUCGCUCCUGCUCCUGCACCCCAGGGGAGCUCUUACCGCGAGCGACCGUCCAGCAGCCAGGGUUCACGCCAAAACGGGUCGGGGAACAGUAAAUGAACUGCCACCCUCGCAGCUGGCGGUAUCCACGAAGCCUAUGCUGCUCGUCAAGUUGUCACUGCCACAGGGUCUGAUGUCUCAAUUCCGGAGGCACCAGCGGCAAUUUCAGCAUCCGUGAUCGCUGUUGCAGCUGGCGCGUCCUCAUGACCUAUAGUUUACAGGACUCUUUUGUUACUCGGAUGUUGUUCACUCUCGUCGAUUGUACUUUCAGAGGCUGCUCUGCGUCACAUUAAUAGCAUACUCUCGUCAGAUC